AGCGGGGACAGUGGGAGACCAGGGCCUGGGCAUCCUGGGGGCGGCCGGAGGGACCACCUGGACGCAGCGGGGACAGUGGGAGCCAGGGCCCGGGCAUCCUGGGGGCGGCCGGAGGGACCACCUGGACGCAGCGGGGACAGUGGGAGCCAGGGCCCGGGCAUCCUGGGGGCGGCUGGAGGGACCACCUAGACGCAGUGGGGACGGUGGGAGGCCAGCCUGCCAGCGAGUCCGGCCUAGCUACGUCAGAAGGCCCCGCAGGGAGCCGGGCCGGCCCCCAGCAGCUGCCAGUCCCCUGCCGGGCGCACCGGGGAGGCCACGGGUCUCCGCACGGCCCCAGGUGCGCGUGGGCGGGGGCUGGGGAGGCCGCGCCGGGUCUCGGUCCCGGAUCCCCGCUGCCUCCGGAGUCCACGUCACCGGGACUCCGCCCCCGGGCCGGCGGCUCAGCCGAGCCCCCGGAGGUUCCCAGCACGCCCGCGCCCCCUGGUGCGCACACUCAGACCCGUCCUGCCGACGCACCGCCCACCCGAGCCCUCCGGCCGCCGCCGUGGCCGGGCUGGCGGGGUAAACUGAGGCAAGGGGCGGGCCUGCGAAGCGGUGUCUUCUCCCCUGACCCACGGCCGUAGGACUCGGAAAAGCUGCCCCCUCCCCUCCUGCCACGACGGGGCCCAGCAGGGAAGGAGGAGAAAGAAGGGGAGGGGGGCCCGAAAGCAAGCAGGGGGUCCCAGGCGCCGGCCAGUCCCGCCACACUCAAGAUGGCGGCGCGGCGGCGGCGAGGUCCCUCAGAGGCGGUACCCGCGCAUGCGCAGCGCGGAGUCCCGGCCCGGGACACAAGAUGGCGGCAGCGGCGCUGGGGAGGGCGAGGCGGAGGCGGCAAAACGGGCAGUCGAACAGAACGUGUAGCCGCGUCCCCUCGAGUCCGCUCCGGGCAGCUGCUGAUGCAAGGAGUCCCCUGGGCCCCUGUCCAGUCUACUGCUGACCAGCCCUCCCGUCUGUGCUGCGCCUUCCCGCAGGCUCCCUUUGGCCUCAGUGGGACCCUGUGACGUGGGGGGUCCAGCCGGCUGGAGAAGAAACCCUCUCAUGCUUGCGUUGCAGACCCCAGAGGGUCCGGUGUGGGUGCUGAGAUGGCCAAUGAGAAUCACGGCAGCCCCCGGGAGGAAGCGUCCCUGCUGACUCAUUCCCCAGGCACCUCCCAUCCGAGCCAGCCCUGUUCUCCAAAGCCCGUCCGCCUGGUGCAGGACCUCCCAGAGGAGCUGGUGCACGCGGGCUGGGAGAAGUGCUGGAGCAGGCGGGAGAACCGUCCCUACUACUUCAACCGGUUCACCAACCAGUCCCUGUGGGAGAUGCCCGUGCUGGGCCAGCACGACGUGAUCUCGGACCCUUUGGGGCUGAAUGCGACCCCAUUACCCCAAGAGUCGAGCUUGGUGGAAACCCCCCCAGCCGAGAACAAGGCCCGCAAGCGGCAGCUCUCAGAAGAGCAGCCAAGCGGAAAUGGUGUGAAGAAGCCCAAGAUCGAAAUGCCCCUGACACCCACAGCCCUGUCAGUGCCCAGCUCCCCCAGCGUCCCAGGGACCCCGACACUGAAGAUCUGGGGGGCGUCUCCUGAAGACAAGCAGCAGGCAGCGCUCCUCCGGCCCACCGAAGUGUACUGGGACCUGGACAUCCAGACCAACGCCGUCAUCAAGCACCGGGGCCCCUCGGAGGCGCUGCCCCCACACCCUGAGGUGGAGCUGCUCCGCUCCCACCUCAUCCUGAAGCUCCGGCAGCACUACCGGGAGCUGUGCCAGCAGCGAGAGGGCAUCGAGCCCCCUCGGGAAUCCUUCAACCGCUGGAUGCUGGAGCGCAAGGUCGUGGACAAGGGCUCCGACCCCCUGCUGCCCAGCGACUGCGAGCCAGUCGUGUCGCCGUCCAUGUUCCGCGAAAUCAUGAAUGACAUUCCCAUCAGGUUGUCCCGAAUCAAGUUCCGGGAGGAAGCCAAGCGGCUGCUCUUCAAGUACGCGGAGGCGGCCAGGAGGCUCAUCGAGUCCAGGAGUGCGUCCCCCGACAGCAGGAAGGUGGUCAAGUGGAACGUGGAGGACACCUUCAGCUGGCUCCGAAAGGACCACUCGGCCUCCAAGGAGGACUACAUGGACCGCCUGGAGCACCUGCGGAGGCAGUGCGGCCCGCAUGUGUCGGCCGCAGCCAAGGACUCCGUGGAGGGCAUCUGCAGCAAGAUCUACCACAUCUCCCUGGAGUACGUCAAGCGGAUCCGAGAGAAGCACUUGGCCAUCCUCAAGGAAAACAACAUCUCAGAGGAGGUGGAGGCCCCCGAGGUGGACCCCCGCCUGGUGUACUGCUACCCGGUCCGGCUGGCUGUGCCCGCACCCCCUAUGCCCAGUGUGGAGAUGCACAUGGAGAAUAACGUGGUCUGCAUCCGGUACAAGGGCGAGAUGGUCAAGGUCAGCCGCAACUACUUCAGCAAGCUGUGGCUCCUUUACCGCUACAGCUGCAUUGACGACUCUGCCUUCGAGAGGUUCCUGCCCCGGGUCUGGUGUCUUCUCCGACGGUACCAGAUGAUGUUCGGCGUGGGCCUCUACGAGGGGACGGGCCUGCAGGGCUCGCUGCCCGUGCACAUCUUUGAGACCCUCCACCGGCUCUUCGGGGUCAGCUUUGAGUGCUUCGCCUCGCCCCUCAACUGCUACUUCCGCCAGUACUGCUCUGCCUUCCCCGACACCGACGGCUACUUCGGCUCCCGAGGGCCCUGCCUGGACUUCUCCCCGCUGAGCGGCUCCUUCGAGGCCAACCCCCCCUUCUGCGAGGAGCUCAUGGACGCCAUGGUGUCCCACUUUGAGAGGCUGCUGGAGAGCUCGCCAGAGCCCCUGUCCUUCAUCGUGUUCAUCCCCGAGUGGCGGGAUCCCCCCACCCUGGCGCUCACCCGCAUGGAGCAGAGCCGCUUCAAACGCCACCAGCUGGUCCUGCCCGCCUUCGAGCACGAGUACCGCAGCGGCUCCCAGCACAUCUGCAAGAAGGAGGAGAUGCUCUACAAGGCGGUGCACAGCACCGUGCUGCUCUUCCUGCAGAACGAGCCGGGCUUCGCCAAGUGGGGGCCCACACCCGAGCGGCUGCAGGAGCUGACCUCCGCCUACCGGCAGUCGGGCCGCAGCCACGGCUCCUCCUCCUCCUCCUCUUCCUCCUCCUCCUCUUCGGAGGCCAAGGACCGGGACUCGGGCCGAGAGCAGGGCCCCAGCCGGGACGCCCACCCCACCUAACACAGCCUGCAGGGAGGAGGAGCCCCGGCGCGCGCUCGGACUGUCGGGACUCGGCCCUCCCCUGGGCUGCCCGCGGCACAGGAAGACGGUGGCUCCGCCUGGGCUCCCCUCCCUGCCCCAGCCUCCGGCCCCCACCUCAGACUCACUCCAAGACCCCUGUACAUAGGCCUGAUGCCUGCCCUCUCCCGCCACCUGUUCCAUUUGUAAAGGAAAAUACAGACGCCCUCCUCCCCGGAACGUGU